GCCAACGGGAGGGGGCGGGCAUUAGCGACGCCAGGGCGGCCCGGCCGGGAUGCUCGUCGGCGCCCGGAGACCAUGGCCCUGCGGAGGCCGCCGCCGAACGACCACGGGAGGCGAGACUGCGAUUCGAAGAAAAAAAGGAAAGAGGCCGAGAUCUACCAGGCGCUGAACAGCAACCCUAUUGAUGUGGCUGCCCUGAGGCGCAUGGCCAUCAGCGAAGGGGGCCUCCUGAUGGAUGAGAUUCGCUGCAAAGUGUGGCCGAAGCUACUGAACGUGAACACAGAGGACCUGCCACCUCCACCAGGAAAUGAACUCCGGGAGAACAACAAAGAUUACCAGCAAGUGCUGUUGGACGUGAGGCGAUCCCUCCGCCGUUUCCCUCCAGGGAUGCCGGACGAGCAGCGGGAGGGGCUGCAAGAGGAGCUGAUCGACAGCAUCCUGCAGGUCCUGCAGCGCAACCCGCAGCUCCACUACUACCAGGGCUACCACGACAUCGUGGUCACCUUCCUGCUGGUUGUUGGGGAGAGGCUGGCGACGGCCCUCGUGGAGAAGCUUUCGACCCAUCACCUCAGGGAUUUCAUGGACCCAACAAUGGAUAAUACAAAGCACAUCUUAAACUACUUGAUGCCCAUUAUCGACCAGGUGAAUCCGGAACUGCACGACUUCAUGCAGAGGGCUGAAGUGGGAACCAUUUUUGCUCUCAGCUGGCUGAUCACCUGGUUUGGACACGUCCUCUCCGACUUCAGACACGUGGUGCGGUUGUACGAUUUCUUCCUGGCAUGCCACCCGCUGAUGCCGAUCUACUUUGCAGCGGUGAUCGUGCUCUAUCGGGCGCAGGAGGUUCUGGCUUGUGAGUGCGACAUGGCCUCCGUCCACCACCUCCUGUCCCAGAUUCCACAAGACCUCCCCUACGAGACCUUGAUCAGUCGAGCCGGGGACCUCUUUGUGCAGUUUCCGCCCUCGGAACUCGCCCGGGAGGCAGCUCAACAGCAGGCCGAAAGAACGGCUGCUUCCACCUUCAAAGACUUCGAGCUGGCCUCGGCCCAGCAGCGGCCGGACACCGUCCUCCGGCAGCGCUUCCGGGAGCGGCUGCGGGCCGAGGAGCGGGCCAAGGCGCUCCUGACGACGAAACCGAGGACCAACCGCUUCGUCAAGCUGGCCGUGAUGGGGCUGACAGUGGCGCUGGGGGCAGCGGCCUUGGCGGUGGUGAAGAGCGCACUGGAGUGGGCCCCCAAGUUCGAGCUGCAGAUAUUCCCUUGAGAGCCUGGCA